CCAAUUCUUACAAUUGAGAGCCUGUCUAUAGUCACAUUUUGGGGAGGAAAUAUCAGCUUCUGACAGCACAUUAUAAUCGUACAAAACAGAUUAAUCUGUUAUAUUAAGCAUGGGAACAAAGUAGUCUACCCAAGUUAAAAUAUAACCUAACUGUUCUGUUCUCAAGAACUGCUCAGAGUAACUGAUCGGCUACAGCAGGUGACGUUUGCAAACUCCAUUGUUCUGAAGAUGGUACCUCCGCUUUGCUUUCAACACCUCAAACAAUACUGGGCCAUGUACAGGUUAAGACUGAUGAGGAAAAGCUGCUUGACCCAAAUUAAAUUACUUGGCUUUGAUACCAGACUGUGUCUUUCUUCCAGACCUCCAGUAGAUUUGAUCGGUAUCAACUACCCAGCAGAAACAAUCAAUGGGAGAAAAUACAGAGACGACCAUCAGACCAGUCAGAUGCCUCUUUCUAAAAUAAACCACAUCUUAAAAGCUAAUGAGUACAGUUAUAAAGUAAAUGGAUAUGAUGGACGAAACUCUGUUCACUCAAUUUUAGGGUUUGAUAGUAACAUCUUGGCAUCAAAUGCUCUGAAUGAGGACCGCAGGAGUGCAGCGACUUGUCUCCAGAGUAGGGGAAUGCUUUUUGGGGUUUUUGAUGGACAUGCAGGUUAUGCGUGCGCCCAGGCAGUCAGUGAAAGGCUCUUCUACUACAUUGCUGUGGCUCUACUCCCAGUGAAGACCUUAAUGGACAUUGAGGAUGCAGUUGAGAAUGAAAGGCCGGUGUUACCCAUGCUACAGUGGCACAAGCACCCAAAUGACCAUACCAGCAGAGACUCUGGGAAGCUUUACUUCAACAGCCUUAGGACGUACUGGCAAGAGAGGAUCGAUCUAGAGGAGGACGAGGACAGGGACGUCCAAACGGCUUUGAUGAAUGCAUUCAAGAGGUUGGACAAUGACAUUUCACUUGAGGCCCAGGUGGACUUUGGGGACCCCUUUUCCCACUUCACCCCUCUUCGAGUGGCUCUGUCAGGGUGCACAGCAUGUGUCGUCCAUGUGGAUGGAGAUGACCUGCAUGUGGCCAACCUGGGGGAUAGCAGGGCCGUGCUGGGAGUCCAAGAGGAGAACGGGACCUGGUCAGCACACACCAUCAGUAAUGACCACAAUGCCCAAAACGCAGUUGAGUUGCAGAGGGUUCUAUCUGAGCACCCUGCGCUCGAACGCAAGACGGUAGUCAAACACGACAGGCUACUGGGCCUCCUCAUGCCCUUCAGAGGGUUCGGAGACAUGAAGUUUAAAUGGAGCGGUGAAAUGUUGAACCGGGUGUAUGAAACAAGACCAGACAUCUUGUCGGCCAAUGAGUUUGUUAAGAUGCUCCCACCUAACUACCACACGCCGCCAUAUCUCAUUGCUAAGCCAGAGGUGACAAUCCACACACUGAGGCCAAAGGACAAGUUUCUGAUCAUGGCAACUGAUGGACUAUGGGAGCUGAUGCACAGGCAAACUGUGGUGCAGGUCAUAGGAGAACAUCUGACUGGUCUACACUGGCAGAAACCUGUAUCUGGGCUGUCUUUCACACUGGGACAGAUGCACAGGUUGCUCCAGGAGAGGAAAAGCAGAGCCAUUUUGGCUUUAGAGGAUGAGAACUCUGCAACACAUCUGAUCCGACAUGCUUUUGGGAGUGAUGGCUUUGGUACUGUGGACCCAAGGCGCUUGUCGAAAAUGCUCAGCUUGCCUCAGGACCUGGCAAGGAUGUACAGGGAUGACAUAACAAUUGUUGUAAUCCAUUUAAAUAGUGCCAACAUGUAAGCCAAUCAAAGAUCAGACAUAAAGGGGGAUAAGGGGCUCUAUUUCCGGCUGGCGCUAAGAAUGGCGCUCUUGUCAAACUGGGGCUCUGACAUUUUCCAAGAGAGAUGUGAUGAUGCCGGUGACCCUCAUAUUUUUAAAUAUUUCAGUUGUUUUCUGUUCUAUUUGAUUAAAAAGUCCUCUGUAAGCUUACCAACUAUAACGAAGCUGCGUUCAAUAGCAAUGCGUCAUUGCGUCUUUUUUAUCCUGGCUAUGCAUAUGCCAAGCAGCCUAUCAAGAUGUUUUAUUUUUUUAUUGUCUACUCGUGGGUGCCGUUUUGGAGGUUUAGACAAUUUUCACACCUGCAUAGCCUUCUUCAUUUCGCGUGUUUCUGCAUCUAUCCCCAUUUUCAUAUAUGCCCCCCAGCUAGCACAGUGGAUCUGGGCCGAUUCCGGCUGAGAGUCGGGGCACUCGGCUGAGAGUC